AUACAAGAACGGUCUUAUCUUCUCUUUAAAUUUGCCUUCUUGGUAAAAGAUUUCAUAUUUCAGAAAUACCUUCUUUUCAGAGCUGGGCUACGAAAGUCAGUUGAUGUGUUUAUGUGUUUUGCGACACCAUUUUCUUUGAGCUUAGAGACAAAACGUUCCUGAUCGCAAACGAAAACAAAAAACAAAAUGUUUAUGUUAAGAAAUGGUAUGUAAAUAAAUAGUCCCGUCCCAUCUCCACCUACCCCUCCCUCAUUAAAUAUCCAUCACAAGCUUUUCAAGAGCAAGGCGCAAAUCAGAUAUAUGAUUCUUUGCUGAUCAAUAUCUACACACAAAAUAGUCGGCAAAUUGAUCUUUGGUGAUACAUCAAAAGAAUCUUUGAUCGAGCUCCCCCAAGGUCAACUUUAUCUCGUUCGACCUCUAUCUCCCAAAGGAUAUUCGGAACUCAUAUUUCGCGACGCAGCAGCGAAGAUUAGAAGAACGGGUCAGGAAUUUCAAUAUCAACUUGUGAUUCAAAGAGCCUACGAAGAAGGCGAAGAGGAAUUACUGGACGACGAGGCUGCGGAGGACGAAGACGGCACAGCAGCUUUGAGCGGCGACCGCGACGAAAAAACAUUCCUUCUAGACGAAAGUUUACAUUUUCGAUCGGAGAUUCGCGAAGGCGGUGAAAAGGUUCUUGCGUGGAGAGAUCUAAGCGGUGACGCGGGCGAUUUAUACGAAUUUGUUUGCGACGUUUCGAUAGAGAAUAGUCAGGUUCAAUCAUUUGAACUUACAGCUGUGCAUUGUCAAUUUGAGAGGAAGUUUAGGAGAAGUUAUUUGACAGCUACUGAAGCGGAGUUGAGUCAAUUUGCUUUCGAGGAGGAAGAACCAAUUCCUCAUGCUAGUCCGCCCAUAAGCCCUACAACUUUGAGUCCUGUGCAAUCAUUUCCGGCUAUCGAUCAGACGUUUUCUAGAAGUACAGCAAAUUCUGCGCUAAAGACAGACAUGAGUCCUGUUACCAGAAGGUCGAGGGCACCGGCCAGGAGUCCAUCGCCAGUUGAUGAGGGUCCAACGAAGGCGCCCGCCGUUGCUUCACAUCCUGAGGCUAUUUCUGUUUUGGCAGAGGAAACCGCCGAAUUACAUCUUUUCGACUUUGUUUCUGGUUCCUUUAUCAAGCAGGACGAUGAGGUUAAGGCGACUGUUACCGAAGUUGGGAAAUGGCAAUAUUGGCUACAAAUCACCAGCAAGGACAGAGACUGGUUAGGUCAAGCUGUUAUUGCUGAUAUCAAUCCUGUCUUUAACUUCGAAUAUUCCUCGUUUAUCUUCAAUGCUUACACGGCUGAUCAUCAAGCAUAUUCAUGGCUUCUUCGAUUCAAGGAUCAAGAGACCAUUACGAGAUUCCAAGAAGGGUUGAUGCAAGCUUUAUGGGAACAGUUAAAUGAGAUUAAGUGGAACAAGAGUAAGGAAGAUGAGAGAGAUUAUGUUCUUGAGGCGUUCCAGGAUCUCACCAUGGAGGAUGCUCCGGAUUUUGUUGAAGGUGAAGAGGAAGAAGAAGAACAGGAAGAGGAAGCGGAGGAUCAAGAUGACGGACAAAGAAGCGAACACUACGACUCUGAUGAGGAAGAAGAUGAUGUGGUUACUAGGGACGAUGAUGGAAAUGUCAACUCACAACUUGCAGUUGGAUACAAACACGAUCGAUCAUUUGUUGUUAGAGGAUCCAAAAUUGGUGUCUUCAAACAUACACCCAACAACAAUCUGGAGUUUUCGACCAACAUUUCAAAAGUUCAAACGCCAAAUGGCAAACUUUUCAGUCCAAAGAAAGUUAUGCUUCAUGCUGAGGAUACAAAUAUGAUUCUCCAAGAUGAGCAUAAUCCAAAUUCUCUCUAUAAAAUGGAUUUGGAAUACGGAAAGAUUGUUGAUGAAUGGAAAGUCCAUGAUGAUAUCCCUGUCAACACUUUCGCACCAGAAAGCAAAUUCGCUCAAAUGACAGGAGAGCAAACCUUCCUUGGUCUUUCAAGAAAUGCUCUUUACCGUAUUGAUCCUCGUCUUGCAGGAAAUAAACUUGUCGAUUCCGAACUCAAACAAUAUGUCUCGAAGAACGAUUUCUCGGCUGCGGCAACAACCGAAAAGGGGUACAUUGCAGUCGCUAGUAACAAAGGUGACAUUCGUAUGUUUGAUCGUCUUGGCAUUAACGCCAAGACUCAUAUCCCAGCUCUUGGUGAACCUAUCAUUGGUCUCGAUGUCAGUGCUGAUGGUCGUUGGGUUUUGGCUACUUGUCGCACUUAUCUUCUUCUCAUUGAUGCUCUCCAAAAAGAUGGUAAAAAUGAAGGCAAGCUUGGGUUCGAAAAAUCAUUCGGUAAAGACUCGAAGCCUCAACCUCGUCGUCUUGGUCUCACUCCAGCUCACGUUGCUCAAUUCCAACACGAAACUGGAGCUGCUCUUUCAUUUACACCAGCUCGCUUCAAUACCGGUGAAGGUCUUUCCGAAACAUCUAUCAUUACAGCUACUGGUCCUUUCAUCGUAACCUGGAAUAUGAAGAAGAUCUUGAGGGGUAACAAGGACCCUUAUAGUAUCAAACGUUACGCUGAAGAAGUCAAGGCGGAUAAUUUCAAAUACGGCAGUGAUAAGAAUGUUAUUGUGGCAUUACCGAAUGAAGUCAACAUGGUAGCAAAACAAAGCUUCAAGAAGCCAACAAGAGAAAGUAUCGCAACGCCAGUUAGAGUUGGAUGGAGUAAUGGAAGAAGAGAAAGUGCCAGGAUUGGUGGAAGAGAUAGUGGAAGAUAUAAGUUGGGAAGAGAAGAUGUGGUUAAUAGUCCUUAUUAAGCGAUUAUUGUGGGAAUUGGUUUGGGGGCGGGAGUGUUUAUGUUAAGGUGGAGUGCGGGGAGUUGUCGAGGCAUUUUGUGUUUUUUUCUGGGAGUGACGGAUUGUGAUGGAUUCUUCUUUUGAGCUUGCUUAUUUGCUUUUGGCUUGCGUUGAGUAUUUUGAGGGAAAUGCUUAAUUUGAUUUUUUUUAAAGUACGUGUAGUUUCAUGAUUUCGCUGUUUUGACACACACUAUGGCGGGCGGACAGUACAGGACACAUGAAUUCAAGGAUACCUAGGAAUAACAGAAGAAGCUAUAUCAUACAUGGGUAGAACAGGUAUUCAUACUCGUAUGAUCGAUCAUACUAUAGAAAAGAAAGGAAAGUAUGAUGUGUGUAGUUGGGAUUGUCGACAGAUAGAUGUGAAUGGGAAUAGGAAUGGGAAGCGAAUGGGAAGGGGAAGGUAUGAAUAAAUGGAUGAGUGAAUGAAUGAAUGAAGUUUAUUUGUUUGGUGGGUAUACUAGUAUUUCAGGUGGAUGGAAGGGGGUUUGAGCUUGUAGUUGAUUGAUUGGUUGGUGGUUGAUGGGUAGGCAGUUGGUUAGUAGUUGGUUAGUAGUUGGUUAGUAAAUAAUUAGUAGGUAAUUAGUAGUUGGUUAGUAAAUAAUUAGUAGGUAAUUAGUAGGUGGU